AUGGGCCAGAAAAGGUCGUCGUCUGGGGACUACCCCAGCCCUAAACGGCUCCAGAAACAAGCCGCCGAUGAGACUGAUCCGAUCUACGAGGAGGCACAUUCAGAUGUCGAUUACUCUCCCGAUGAUUCCAGCGUCACUAGCAGCGUUCAUGACACGCCAGCGACGCCGUUCUCAACGGCUUCAACUUCCGUGAGAUAUCCAUCGGAAUUGAAAACUCACCGCUGCCCGUUCGAAGGGUGCACCAAAGCGUUCAAUCGACCCGCCCGGCUUCAGGAACAUCUGCGGUCACACAACAAUGAAAGGCUCUUCAGCUGCACCUACGAAGGAUGCCAGAAGACCUUUUUGCGCGCCUCGCACUUGAACCAUCAUGUCAAAAGUGCCCACACUGGAGUACGAGACUACAUCUGUGAUCGCCCGGGUUGUGGGAAGAGUUUCGUGACCGGCUCCCGAUUGCGUCGACAUCUAGCAGCUCAUGAUGGUCGCGACAAGUUCCGUUGCACCGAGUAUCCACCUUGCAAUGAGACUUUUCGCAAGCACUCGACAUUGCAGAAACAUGUCCUGUCUGUACAUCUGAAACAAAAGCCGUUCCAGUGCCAGCAUAUCGACCCGCAGACGGGAGACAAAUGCUUAAUGGCAUUUGAAUCAGCGGGUCAUCUCCGCGCGCACGAAAGCAGAGUCCAUACGGCAAAGCGAUUCAGCUGCGCAGAAUGCUCCCAGCGUGUAGAGGACGGGUCAAUGAUACCUCCUGCUACAUUCCCCACAUACUCUUUACUCCAGGCACAUAUACGCACUGCGCAUCCUCCCCAGUGCCCCACUUGCUCCGUCACUUGCUCAACAGCACGAGAACUCCGUCGCCAUCUCGAAGUCGCCCACGGCAAUGUCAGCCUCGACGACCGCCGAAUCUUCCCCUGCACAGUCCCCGGCUGCGACCGCAGCUUCACAAAAAAGGGAAACUUAACCGUGCACAUCCGAACCGUACAUGACGGCGAAAAGCGCUUCGUCUGCGGGGAAACAGACCUUUCCACAUCAAAACGAGUCACAGGUUGGUCCGCUGCCGAUGGCUGUGGAAAGCGUUAUGGCAGCAAAUUAGCUCUAGAAGAACAUAUCCGCACCGCACACCUAGGCUUCCUGAACUCCAAAGCCGAGCGCCGCCAGAAAUUGGGGCAACCCAGGAAGUCCUCAUCCAUAAACAAAAACUUAUCAGCCCUAACUGGCGAAGGUUACGGCGACGAAACCGGUCGCCAGAUUACAUGCUUCGUCGAUUCAUGCCCGCACCGCUUCCACCGUAAUUACGACCUCUGGGUCCACAUGGGCAGUAAGCAUAACUACACGGAAGACGACAUUCGGGGUUUCUUCCUCCAACGAGCGCUGCUGGGCGACAGUUCAGAGCCUGUCCCUAGUGAUGUCUUUGGUAUCUACGGUCUUGAGUUUGACAACGAGGAGCACACAUAUAAUCAAGACUUGAGAAUGGGUGCGUAUCCCCCUACGCCUGCCGAAACUUCAGGUGCAGGUACAGGUUCAUACACAGCUGGUCAAGACCAACACCAGCUCCCCGGUAUGAAUAUCGAACCAUAUACGUUAGAACCAACCGAGUUCUCAAUGCUUCCUCAGUCUGUACCUGUGUCGGGGUGCCUCGACCCCGAUAUCAUGAUGCAAGAGUCUGCUUCUGUUUCCGCUUCCAAAGCACAGAUACCCAGUCUCGAUAAUGAUGACAUGUUAAAUGAUUCGUUUCUGGAUUUUGGAAUGGUGAAUUCUUAG